CUGGUCUGAGGAUCGAGGUGUGGGAUGAAGACUGGGGCAGGGACGACCGUCUGGGAUCAUGUGUGAGGUACCUGAGCCAGGGGACACACAGAUUCACCUGCCCAGCCAAGAGAGGUGGCGUUGAGAUUGUAUACACUCUGACCUGCGACCGUCACCUGACCGGGAACAGGUGUGACAAAUACAAACCAACUCCAUAGUGAGAUAUGCAUUCUGGGUAUUCUAUGCAAAUAUUGCUGGCUUUUCUUUAAUCAAGUGUGAUAUCAGAUAUUUCCUUUAUUUAAAUUCAAUAAAUUAGACAGGUGUGUGGUACUAUAAUACACAGAUUAAGUAAAAUGACUGUCACACUAUUCAGUCUCCUUUUAUACAUUAGAGGUAAAAAUGUUUGAUUAAUAAAUGGAUAAUCAGCAUUGUAUGUUUUUUGUAUGUUUUGUUUUUUAAAUUGAAUGUAUGAAACCAUAUAUGAAAAGAUUGUGUGGGAUGGAUAGUAUUCCUUCGUAUUCCCAUUUUAAACUUUGGUGUCGGGGUCACAUUUAGAUAAGACUUUUCAUUUGUCAUAUACAGUAGCUGUUGAUUAUUUUCUAUGUCAAAAUUGUGUACUUUUUUCAUUCAUUAUAUGUAAUUACUGGCACCAAGGAGUUUGUGAAUUUGACUGUUUUGAAAGAAAAUUUUUCACAAUUUGAAACUGAACUGAAUUGUGGCUCCAUCUGGUGGUCAUAUCCAAAAUCGACACUAUGCUGGCAAGUUAAGUACUGACUAUUCAAGGAUUGUAACAUUAAUGAAUUCCUUUUAUCAAUGACAAUGUUUACAUCAUGUUCCUUCUGUCUGCUUGGGGCCACAAAAUCAGUACAUUUGUGUGACUUUCUUGUGCUAAUAAAGGCUUGUAAACCAUGCAAAUUGUUUCUUUAAAGCUCCAUUAAUCAACACUGCUGAACUUCAUAAUGAGUGUUAAAAAAUAACACAAGCUACAGUAUGCAUGCAACAAUGACUUAACGCAUGAAACAAAGCAGGGUGUGACAUGAAUUCAAAUUGCUCCCCAUUAAUAAAUAAAAAGGUCACUUAAUGUGAUUAGUUAAUACUCACAAUUUAUGGCUGUUGAUAUUAUUUUAUACAUCAGAUUAUAUGCCACCAUAUUCUCUGGCUUCCAGUUAUAGAAAAGGGCGUUUUGGAUCAGAGCCAUGCAUAUUAGACUGUGUUAUGAGCGCAGCCAAUCUAGUAUGAAUGUGUGGUAUUAAAAGAAGAAGAAAUACAGAAUAAACAAAAUCACUCAAAUGAUGAACAGACGGAUUGGUGCAACAUCAGCAGUGAUGCAGGUGUUGCACUUCACCGUUUUGGUGAAAAAGAGCUAAGCCUGAAGGCAAAGCUCUCAGUUUACCGUCUACGUUCCAACACCCACCUACGGGCACCAGCUGAGGUGGUUUGGGUACCUGGUCAGGAUACCUCCAUUUUGAGGUGUUGUGGAUGCAUCCAACUGGGAUGAGACGAGGGAGCAGACCCAACACACACUAGAGGGAUUCCCCAUCUCCCCUGGCCAGGGAAAACUUUGGGAUGCCAGAGGAGGAACUGAUGAGCGUUGCUGGGGAGAGGGGUGUCUGGGUUUCAUUGGGAAUCAAAAAUACAGGACGAGAUAUUAAAACUGUCCCUUGUGCCAAUGACUGAUGAGCACUUCCACUUGUUGGUGAGAGUGGCAGAUAAAGUACCUGUGCGGGUUAUGUAGGAGGUGUAUCUUGGCCUGGGUAGAAUUUCAGGACUGUGAUCAGGACACAUGAUCAGCGGUGUAUCCUUGCAUCACUGGGUGUUUCGGCCUUUCAACACUACCUCCACAAGGGCAACCCGCUGAAGGAUGAUCAGCCCUCAGCAUAUGUCCCAUGCCCAACCGUCCCUAAAAUUCACAAGGUGAAAGUUCUAAAGUAAGUUAUACUGUAGUGGGGGACCAGCAUGGGUCAUUCCACUUGAUCCAGAUCCACUGGCUGUUUCUUUCAGUCACCUCCGAGAGUGAUUUGAUAAUCUGCUAUAGAGCCUGACCGUGGUUUCCAAGUUCUUUCAACAGUCUGAUGGUAGUCAAAGCCACAAAUCCUUUGCAUCCCACUUCAAUGGGAUAGACUUUUGUGUUCCAGCCACAUUGCUUUGCUUCUGCUGCAAUCUCUGCAUAGCGCAGCUUCUUCAAGAAGUAAUGAGGCAGAACUCGUGGUCAGGAACAGAAGGCUGUGGCAUUUCCCAGGACAACGACAAGACAACGAGACAAAGAUCAGAGGCUGGCAGGUUCAGCAACGGGAGAUCAGUUCAAGGAUGAGUGCUGGAGAAUCUUGCAUGUGAAGCGUAAAGAACAAUCUGGCAAAGAGUGAGGAGGCAGGAGAAGUAAAUAUACCGGCUUGAUUGCUGAUGUGGAGCACUUGAGUGCCCAGUUGAACAGAGUAGGCUGAUGAGAUGGGUGUGGCUGACUGGCAGAGUGACGCAAAGGUGGGGUAAAUGGAAAAAUACCAGAACAGCAAGUAAGGAGGAGAGCAGACUGUGACUACCUGUUACAGAAACAUAGCUGGUUAAUGGGCGAGAUAGUUUGGAUAGGUGUAUCUUCUCUCUUUAAUCAAUGAAAAUGUCAAUGGUCCUCAAAGGGCAUCAAAAACCUGCGUGUUCUUAAAACUCCCAACCACAAAGAUGUUCCAUAAAAUUUAACUUCUGCUAAGUUAAGUAAAUAACUCACAGUCCACCUUUUGCUGUUGGGUUAAAUACAUGCUCUUAAAGGGUAGGAUGUGCUGCAUAUAUGAAAACCAAUAAGAACCGUAUACAGGGUCAGGAUUUUCAUUUUAUCUCCAUGAAAACACUUGAGGUCUUAACUCAGUCAGACAAGCAGUCAUAUGCAUAUUGCAUCAGAAGAAAUGUGAGAGAAUCAACACAAGAGUGAUUUUGUGUGACAAGAAAUAUGGCGCACAACCUGUUUUAUUCUUCUGUCCUUUCAAGUAAGUAAGUGAAAGUGAAAUAGAAUUCCUGAAAGUCAAACCUGAGCCAUCUGUCAACACAAGCAGAAACAAAGCUGGUUAAUACGUAAGAUGUUUAGGAUACGUGUAUUUUUGAAGGCUGUUCUGUUGAUGGGUUGGUGCUUUAAAACACUUUUGAAAAAGAACAACCUGCAGACUUGACAGUGUCUCUGCAGCCUUAACUGAGACACUCCUCAUCUCCAAACUACUUGAAGGAUUCACUGAGAAACCCUGCAGAGGCCUGAACAGGUUAUCUUAUUUAAUGAAUGAUAAAAAGGUGUUGUAUGAUUUUGUUUUUUUGGGAGAGGGGUUGUUUGUUUGUUUGUUUGUUUGUUUGUUUGUUUGUUUGUUUGUUUGUUUGUUUGUUCUUGUUUUAUUGCUGUGUUUUGUUUUAGAUUUUAUUACAAGAAUGCACAAAGUAGAUGUACAUUUGCUUAUAAUAUUCAUACUUCUAGCAUUCUUACAGUAAGAGAAAACAAAGAAAGCAAGAACGAAGGAGAGAUAUACAUAUGAACUGAAUAAACAGGGAAAAAAAGGUUUAUUUAUCAAUGUUUUGAGAUAUCCUUGUGACAUGUGUGCUGCCUUACAGUCACAUUAUUCAAUUAUUUACUUUUUACAUUUGCUGAACAGACCAUGAUGAUAAAUACUGAUGAUGAUGAAUCGAGGGAAAAAAAGCCUUUUUUAAAAAUAUGCAGUUAAAUAGAGAGGGAUAGACAAUUUAAAGACUUCCAGAGUAUAACAGUGAAUGGAAAAGGUGAGGAAAAUUAGUAAUUAAACGUUGCUUCUAUGACCCUUUUUAGCUAUCAAACACUUCAGCUUAUCAUUUGUAUUUUUGGUUUGACUGAGAAAUCUUGUAAGAUAUCCAAGCAAACUAAAUACACAGCAGAUUCAAUUAAACGGGGAACUGGCAGUUUCAUUCCCAUACAGGAUGGUGAAAGUUCAAAUGGAAAUAAUCACAAAGCCGGUUUGCAGUUUUUAACUGAACAAUAACUUUCACAGUUACGUAAGUUGAAAUUACACUCACUGGUUUUCUUUUUCUCUCUCUGUCUGUCAGUGUCUCUUUGCCUCCAGCCAUGCCCUCAUUUUCAACUUUACCACGUCUUUGGCUGAGCCUCCUCUUCUUCCUCUCGUACCACUCCCUUGUCCUCUCCUGUCAGAUUGGCACCAGCAGCCAGUGUCAGUCUGCUCCUUUUGUACCAGGCUACAACCUGGUGGGAGAGGGCUUUGAUGUGGUCACCUUGCAGCGAAAAGGAGCCGACAUGGUUGACAUGAGGACCUUCCUCGCUCCAAAUGGAACCUGUACUCUCUGCUCCAACCCCCUUCAAGGCAACAGGCUGCAGAAACUUCCAGUCUCUGCAGUGGACUGGCGACCAUUCAGCCGCUGCAAUGUUCAUCUGUACAGCAGCAGACACACCUCCAUCAGCUCACUGAUUAGAAAUUACACCUACCAGGACAGCAAUGACUGGAAGGUGGGACUAGAUUUUAAUAAUGUCGGCCUGGAGGUGGGGGGAACACGUUCCACUGCGUAUAACUUUGCCACAGCCAGAAGCAGAGAGGACCACUACACCUUCAGCACACACAGAGCCACAUGUAGCCAUUACAGUUACCGUAUGUCAAGCAGACCACUCCUCACCGACGCGUUCCGCAUUGAUUUGGUGACACUGCCUGCUUACUACAACUAUUCAACAAGGGCCCAGUACAGACGGAUUAUAGAGACCUACGGAACACAUUAUAUCCGCCAGGUGUAUCUUGGGGGGCGAUACAGGCGAGUCACAGCUACACGUACCUGUUUGUCCAGGUUGAAUGGUCUGUCCACACAGCAGGCACACGACUGCUUAUCACUGGGUGUCAAUGUAGGCCUGGGGAAGUCCAUACUGCCUGCUAGCAAAAUGUACUGCAACAUAAUCCUACAGAACCGGGGUGUCUCAAGCUUAUACAGCUCUGGUCUCCACAAACAUUACACAGAGGUGGUAGGAGGCACCGGCUGGGUGGGUGAGUUUUCUCUCCUCCGUAAUGACUCCCUGGGCUAUCGUAAUUGGCUGAAAACCCUCAAAGACCACCCUGAUGUUGUCCGGUAUUCCCUAAGACCAAUGUAUGAGCUGGUGCCAUACUCGUCAAGAAGCAGUGGACUGAAGGCUGCCACAGAGCAGUACUUACAAGACAACAGCAUCAGGAUCUCAACCAGACAACCAUCCUGCCCUCAACAGGCCUCGAGAGGAACACUGGUGGUGACCAUUGUCCGAGCCUGGAAUCUGAGAGGAGACUAUUGGAGCACAACUGAGGGGUAUGCCAAGAUGUGGUACGGUUCCAUCUACCGCAGGACCCAUGUGAUGAGAUCAAACAACCCUCGCUGGAAUGCUCGCUACGAUCUGGGAAAGGUGGACACUCAAUUGGGUCUGAGGGUUGAGGUCUGGGAUGAUGACUGGUUCAGUGAUGACCGUCUGGGAUCAUGUGUGAGAUACCUGAGCCAGGGGACAUAUAGUUUCAGCUGCUCAACCAGUAGAGGUGGCUUCGAGGUAGCGUACACUCUGACCUGCGACCGUCACCUGACUGGGAACAGAUAUAAAACAUUGGCUUUGUCACACCACCAGUGUAGUGGGAAUGUCAACCUGGACCAGGAGGCCGCUGGUCACAUCAAUCUCACCCCACCAGGACCUUUUACUCACACCAACAGGAUCGACCCAGUGAACCACCAGACUGACGAAACCCUUCCAGUUUCAAUUUGCACUUGGAUGUUUGAUAUACCUUUGGGUCGCACAGUACUUUUAAAGUUAGUGUCGUUGGAAAUUGGUUCAAGCAUAUCAGUGCGCUGUGUUUGGAAUGAGGAAGAUCAGGUCUUGGAGAGCGGGGGGAUUGCCCUGCUCUCAGGCUGUUACACAAACAAAGCCACCCUCACUUGGACAGGAACAGGACACUCUUCAAAUGCAGUUCAGCUGUCCUAUUAUGUUCAGGAAGACGUGAGGAAUUCCUCGGAGGACCAGACCAGCCCACAUUCAGAUCAAGACCUUGUACGCUGGUCUCAGACAGGAACCAGCUUUACAAGUGCUGCUCCUGUUGACCAAGAGAUGGUGAGAGGGACAGAAUGGGGCAGAGGUCGCCUUAAUGAAGGUCUGAAGUGGAGCUCUGGGCCUCAAUCUGUGUCUGGUCCCUCCUCUCGGGACCAGGGUCUGCUGCACCCCACCUCACCCCUGCCGGGACACACUGUGGCUGGGAGAGCUGAUAGGGAAACUCUCUCUCUUCCUGAGGAAGCACCAAACAAUAGAGCGGAUACAUCUGUGGUUGCUCACCUCACUGAUGGUCCCAUGUCUGCCAAAGAGAGAACACACCCCUAUUUUCAUACACAGCAUACACUCAGUACAGAAACACUCUUUCACACAGAAAACACAGAAACAAACUCUAGCGACGAGCCCCCUAAAACCCAGAUGGCUUACACGCUGACAGAUUCGACAGCCAGUAGCUCCAACACCAUGCUUGGCACAGAAACGCGUAAAUAUACUCAGACAUCUAAACACACAGACAAACAUACAACUACGCAAGCUCAUUCCACUGUGUCCAGCUCCAGUGUCCUUCCUCUCACCUCCUCUGUCCCUGACCUAUCUCCACCGACAACUAGGGAGAGUGAUACCAUCCUAAUCCCACGUAGUGGAGCUGUUAGUGGGUCACCUGUAGAGAAGCAGCCCCAUGCCUGGAGGAGCCUGCGAAGCACAGACAGACUUAACUCUGAUAUGACAUCCGCCAUCACCCAUGACCCUUCAAAAUCCCCUCAGUGGGAUGACUCAAGCAGUGCACACACUGAUACUGAAUCCACUGCAUCAUCAGAGAGCCCCAGCAGGACACAUUCAUCCACCUCCCACAUACCAGAGUUUGACGCUGCCGUUGGAACUGUGGUAGCAGCAUCAUCUCAUCCAAACAGUGGUCAAAGCGACUCAUUUGUAUCAGAUGUUGCCAAUCAAACUGCGCCAUUUGAAUCCACUGCAGAGUUUGAUAACACAGUGAAGUCUCAGACUCUCAUGUCUGAACUGGAUUCAGCUUCACAGACUCAAACAAAUGCUCCACAGAGCAAAGAGAGCUUCACACACUCGCCACCUCAUUACACGUUGUCACCACUCACACAGCCAAGCACAGCGGACGCACAAACAGCAACACAAAGAAAUGCUAUUAAUGCAAAGAUCACUACAAUUGCUGUCUCCUCUUCCUUGCCUGACAUCACCAAAGCCGAUGACUGGAUUUCAGGUUUCACAGAUUCUUCUUCCACACCCAGAGCACCGGUGACAUUGGGAGACGUCCAAGACCUAGCUGAAUCAGGAACUAAUACACUGGAUACCACCCAGACACUGUUAAAUGACAGCUCACCCACACACAAGUCCUUCGCAGCAAAUUCACCGACCCCUGCUCCUGUUUUCCCAUCCAGUACAUCCAUACACUCACCGACACCUGGGCUCCCACUCCAAACACACACUACAUUUCCCGAUACACCCAUGCCUUUCAGCUCCACUGCUACUGAAUCCUCUGUGCACUCAUCAUUCGUCAACCCCGAAACCACACCUACACCUACACAAACAUCAACUAAAUCUACACACACACAUCAAAAACACAACAACCUGCCUAUUCCCUCCUCUACUAUUAUCCCUGCUACACAUAAACAGUCCCAUAACUAUAUAACCACCACGCAUGCUGCUCUGCCUUCGUUCACCACAGAAAACACAGAUUAUGAACAUAGAGAUGGAGAAGUAGAAGUAGAGAAAAAAGAUGGGUCUUGGCAGUUGUCCCCCAGCAGCACAACUGCACACACUCCCACAGCUGGACCUCCACCGCAACCACCAUCCUGGACGACCCCGCAUCCCAGCCAGGAGAGCAAUUUUGCACACACACCAUCUGCUUCGACUUCUGCACCCACUUGGAGCUCUACAACUACUCAGACACCCAAGUUCUACAUUGUGCCAGACCAGUCUGCAGCCAUAAGAGUGGAGUCAAUUGAGUUGCUGCUGCAGAUUAUUGUGGAAGAGUCCAGAUCAGCUUUAACUGCUGGUUUGGAGGAAGACACGGCUGCCUGGGUGGAGCCCUACCUACUCAGAGCCUCAGGGUUCAUCAGGCUGCUGGGAGUCUGGAGCAGUGGCCAUGCAGUGCAGAGUUUGGUGGAGUUUAAAACCAGCAGGGCUUUGCAGUGGCUCAGCAACAAAGGACCCACAUCCCUGUUGGAACAAACAGGACUAGCUCAGGCUGUUCGUGAGGGGAGGACCUUCAGAUCAUCCAAGAUCACCAACAUCACGCUGGGAGGUCUGCAGGGUGAUGUGUGCGACUGGUUACUGCAGUGCCCAGCAGGCUAUAAAUGUGUGUCCCAGCCUGGCACUGCCAACUAUAGCUGUUCCUCUGUCUGCCACUUUGACCACUGUCACCACCAUGGCAUCUGUACACACCAUCCGGGCCAACUUCCAGUUUGCCGCUGCCUUGUAGGAGAGGACUUCUGGUACAUGGGUCAGAGGUGCGAUGUCAGGAUGACUCGAGCACGGCUCGUGAGCGCAUGUCUUGCCAUCUUACUCAUCAUGGUGACCGUCAUUGGCGUCCUAGCCUUUGCAGCAGUGCGACGCUACCGAGCCAUUCUGAUCCAGGCCAAAGUAGAUCAGACUCGGAGCAGCUAUCGCAGGUUCAACCAUUUUGAUGAGCUGUCAGGCCGGUUCUGGUUGCGUUCGUUACCAGGAUCAGCAGACUCACUGGAUAAUCCUGUUUUUACACGUUCCGAUGAGUUACUACACCUGCGAGCACUCGACCGCCCCUGCUGUUACCACGAUGACACGCUGUCACUGGCCUCCACCUGCCCCAGCCAUGGAGCACACAUCAAUACAAUUUAUCCCCACAGCUCCCAGUAUGGUUGGAGGGGAAGCGAGAUGAGCAUGGGGGAUGGUGUGCUGGACUCUGGUAAGGCCAGUGACCUUUCAGUCUGUAGCUGGCCUGUUGAACCCAUUCAGUGGACGCCGUUCCCACUUCUGCAGCAACUGGCCGCACACAGGACACCCACAGUGAGGGUGAGGAGGCCACGGUCCUACUGUGAAGGUAUGGAGCUGGUCGACAUGGGGAAGAGCUGGACUGCUUGAUGCGCAUAAAGAAGGAUUAAAUCUGUUCUGACACUGGUAUUUGCAGUCAAAUCUUCUUGUGUUGUAAAUAAAUUUAAAAAAGAUUUAAAAAGUGUA